UUAAGAACGGUACCCCACGUCACCAUACACACUCUAUGGCAUAUAUCUGCAAUCUACUAACAAGUUUCAAGGCCAUCAUGAGUCAUGACUCGCUCUCAGAUCAUUAUUCAUUCCGAGUUCUGACACUCCUCCACUCCCAUCAUCUAAUCGGACGGUUCUCAUCCACUCUCGCUCCCCUCUUCCAUCACCAUUCCACUAUCUCCACAGUUUUGAGCUUUUUCUCUUGCCUCUUCGAUCAUGGCUUCUCUUUUCUUUCUUCUCCUUCUUUCCCUUGCUCUCUCUUCAGCAGAAUCCAAGACAUUCUGGGCUGACGUGGAAGCUCUGAAAGAGUUCAAGAACUCUGUUCACGCCGACUCAGUGAGUCCCGGCUCGUGCCUCUCCUCCUGGGACUUCUCCCUCGAUCCCUGCGACAGCUUGUUUGGCGAGAGAUUCACCUGCGGCUUCCGCUGUGAUCUCGUCAUUUCUGGCUCGGCUCGGGUCACGGAGCUCAGCCUCGACCAGGCGGGUUACUCCGGCUCCCUCUCCUCCGUCUCCUUCAACCUUCCUUACCUGCAGACCCUCGACCUCACCGGCAAUUACUUCACCGGUCAACUUCCUGACUCGCUCUCCCACUUGACUCGCCUCACUCGACUCGCCCUGUCGAGAAACUCGUUCUCCGGGUCCGUACCUGGUUCCAUCGGAUCCAUAACGGGCCUCGAGGAGGUCCUCCUUGACAACAACCGCCUCGAGGGCCCAGUUCCGGCGAAUUUCAACGGUAUUUCCGGCCUGAAACGGCUCGAAAUGCAAUUCAACAAUCUCUCCGGCGAGUUUCCCGAUCUGGGUUCGCUCAAGAACCUCUCCUACCUCGACGCAAGCGACAACCGGAUAUCGGGUCGGGUCCCGUCUUCAUUACCCGAGUCGCUGGUCCAAAUCUCCAUGCGAAACAAUUUCAUCGGAGGCACAAUCCCCGAGAGCUUAAACCUUCUGAACUCUCUCCAAGUUCUCGAUCUGAGCCACAACAGACUCAGCGGCUCAAUCCCAUCGUUCAUCUUCACACACUCGUCACUGCAACAGCUGACUCUCUCCUUCAACCGGUUCACGUCCGUACAGUCCCCGUGGUAUUCCCCGUCGGGUCUACCGAGUCAGCUAAUAGCCGUUGAUCUCAGCAACAACGAGAUCCAAGGGAUAUUGCCUCUGUUCAUGAGUCUAUUACCCAAGCUCUCUGCUUUAUCGCUAGAGAACAACAAAAUUUCGGGUAUGAUUCCGACCCAGUAUGUCUGGAAGACGGUUUCACCCGGAUCGUAUUUCGCCCCGUUCGAGAGACUUCUUCUGGGCGGGAAUUUCCUGUUCGGAGCCAUUCCCGGUCCGUUGAUGGAGCUUAAACCAGGGUCGGCCAAUGUACAGCUCGCUGGAAAUUGCUUCUUCUGGUGUCCGACUACUCUUUUCUUCUGCCAAGGCCGUGACCAGAGGCCUUUCAUGGAAUGUAGAAAGUUUAGAGGUGUAAUUCCUUGAAUAAUUGUGACUAAAUAAUCAAUAAAAUGUUUUUUCGUUUGGUU